UGUUGAUGUGUUUCGACGGGUGAGUGGACUGUUGUUGACGAUGGGUGUUUCUGACCGACGAUGUUGUUGAAAAUCAGCGAAUUGUUCAGAGAGCGAAAAGGGGAGGUUUUGGGGGUGAUCUGAUGUUUAAUGAUUAUGAUGUGGUCUUCUCGGUGUUGUUCCUUGUUGUUCCUUGUUGUUGCUUGUUGUUCUUGUUGCUUCUUGUCUCUGCUCAGCUUCCCUCCAUUAUGAAAAUCGGCUUUGAUGGGUUUCUCUGCAAAUUUUCUCACUGGAUUUUGGUUCAUUCGUUCUUUUCUCUUUUUUUCUCUCUCUUUCCGACACGUCAGCCGAAAUUCGUUUAUUCAUUCAUAAACACAUUCUAUCUGAUGAGUAUUCGCAAAGAACAAGGAGGAAGGAAAGAACCCGAGGGAAAGGGCAAGAGAAUAACAGGCUUCACUUCUUCCCGCCCUCUCAUCGAGAAAAGCAAACCCUCUCUACCUUCGACCCCUUCCACGAUCCUCACAUAUUUCCCUUUUCGUCAUCUUGCGCUUCGUCAACGGGCCCUCGCUUAUCAUAAUCAGCAUCAUCAUCGUCGUCGUCGUCGUCGUCAUUGUCGUCGUCAUCGUCAUGAUCAUCAUCUUUCCAUUUCGCAACUCAAGGACGAGGUUCAGGCCGUGUAGUAUUCCCGCCCAUGUCGCGGAUCAGCCACUCCGGCAUCUCCACGACAUAAUCCCGCCACUUGAGCAGGUAGUCCACGAGCAUCAUC